AUGGCUGCUGGAUUGGAGGUGGAGUGGGCGGGUCGGCGGCUGGUGGGUAGGUUACUGAAAUUGCCUGAGUUUGUCACGGCUCUUCGUCGACUCAGGGAAUUGUGCCUUGAAUCAACUAGAUUGACAGCUGAUCUUCUAACAGCUUUGGGUGAUUUGAAAGACCUGCUAUACCUGAAGCUGAUUGCAGAUGAACUUGAUCAGAUCACCUUUAGGAACAGUGCGUUGCCCAAACUGCUCUGCCUUUGUUUUGUGGUGAAACAUCCGACAUUUCCAAAGAUUGAAGGAGGUGCUUUGCCACAUCUCAUAUCACUUCAGCUGAUAUGUGAAAAAAUGGAUGGCCAGUGCAGCAUCCAGAUCAAAGGCUUUAAAUGUCUGAGGGAAGUAGUUCUUGACGAUGAAGUCAACACUGAUACUAAGGCAAAAUGGGUACAGGCGGCCAAGGAACACGAGAACAGGCCAAAAGUUCUUCUGCUCAAAAGGGCUGCUCCACCCCAGGGGGCAACUGAGAUUGAGAUUACAGAAUGCUCAGUUGUAUCAGAGGGACCAGUACAACAAACUGACAUCCAAAUGCCGCGACAGGAUCCGCUGAGUGCUCCAGUCAUGGUGGGCCCUGGCGCUGGACUGCAAGGGGCCCAGGCGGCGGUGUCAUCUACCGUGGCUCCAGCGCCGGUACACGAUGACAGUUACAGCUCCAAUGGUUCAACAGCAUUGGUUCCAUCGGUUACGUCUACAGCUACAGCUCUAAUGGGUCUAGGUGUAACACCUGCGACACUAGUGGCUGCCCUGGAUGCCACAGAGACCAAGCACAUGGACUUCCCCGAAUCCUCAGCGCAAGGUGCAGCAAGAGAGGUGAUUCCAUGUUAA